UGCAGUGAUAUAUUUGCGACCAUAGUUUGGGUGAUAAUAAUGGCGUCGAAGGCAUCGACAGCGGCGGUGAUCGACACGAGAGCCGAGUUGGCGGAACUCGUCAAACGCAGGGCUGACAUAGCGGAGACGCUGUGUAAUCUGGAGCGACAGAUAUACGCCUUCGAGGGCUCCUAUCUGGAGGACACCCACCUCUACGGCAAUAUCAUCCGCGGAUGGGACCGGUAUCUCAUGGCCAACAGGAACACGAACAGCAAAUCCGACAAAAGGAACCGUAAGUUCAAAGAGGCCGACCGUCUCUUCUCCAAGUCGUCCAUUACGUCGAGUCAA